UGCUCACCAGUAAAAAACUAGUUAAUUAAGCGAGUCGCUAUGGCUUCAACCGACUCGCCGCUUCUAGAAGUUGCUGCCAGCAUCGGAGCCCUAAACAUCAAGUUCAUCGUGGACACCGGCUCUUCGGUAUCCAUCAUCCCAUCCUCUUUCAUUAAGGGAGCCCUGAUCCAACCCACUAACAUUUCCUUGUCAUCGGCAAAUGGACAGGAGAUCAAAUGUAAAGGUCAGACGAAGUUGGAAAUAAAAAUACCAAACCUACGACGCACAUUCAAACGGAUUUUCAUCAUUGCUGAAACUGUGAAGCCACUGCUGGGAAUAGAUUUUCUCAACAACUUUCAGCUGAUGGUUGACUGCGCGGCAAAGAAGAUUACUGACCCUAUGACAAAGCAGUCUGUAAACAUGACAACAUCAAGACGCGUGGGCAACAUACUGGUCAACGACGUAAAACUACCAAGAUCUGUGGAAGAAAUCCUCAAAACCUACCCAGAAUUAACAUCUCCACACACAAGACAGGACCGGAAGAACAGCAAGGUGUUCCACAGGAUCCACACUUUAAGCCAUCCACCAGUGUAUGCCAGCCAGCCCAAGACAACUGUCUCAAGAAAAACUGAAAAUUGCCACUCAAGAAUUCAAGAACCUCCAUGAAAAUGGGACCAUCUCAACAUCCACUAGUCCAUGGAGUUCACCUCUGCUCCUAGUGACAAAGGAAAAUGGGAAGGUAAGGUGCUGUGGUGAUUACCGCGCACUUAAUGCAAUAACGACACCUGAUAGGUACACUAUACCACAUUUGAGUUCCUUUGCUGCGAGACUGCACAAUAAAACUAGAUUUUCAAAAAUAGACUUAACAUCUGCUUUUCAUCAAAUUAG